GGAAGUAAACAAAGCGGUAAGUGAGACUGGCUCUCGGCUGACAGUCUCCGGUAACCGGCAAUGAUGGAGCAGCCGCCUGGGUCCAGGGAGGAGGAGGAGGACGACGACUUAGCCCAGGAGCUGGCGGAGAGAGGCGGGCAGGAGCUGCAGUACGGCCAGUACCCGGCCGAUGGGGACACGCAGGUGCUGUAUUACACCAUGCUGCCCGCAGAGCAGGAGGACGAGAGCGGCGAAGCCCUGGACACCUCCGACCCCAGAGACAGCACGGCCAGCCCCGAGGAGCUGGACGACGACGACAACUCUGGCGACAAUGACACCGUGGUGACCAAGACGUGCACCUACCAGGGCUGCCUGGAGACCACCAGCCAAGUGGCCAAGCAGCGCAAGCCCUGGAUGUGCAAGAAGCACCGCAACAAGAUGUACAAGGACAAGUACAAGAACAAGAAGAAGAGCGACCAGGCCAUGUCCUGCACCAGCAAGCUGGAGGAGAGUGCAGAGUGCUCGGUGUCUCUUACAAAACAGAGAACUGGAUCAGUCGGGGACCGGCCGCCUCGUCCUACGUUACUGGAGCAAGUGCUCAACCAGAAAAGACUGUCUCUUUUGAGGAGUCCAGAAGUUGUCAAGUUUCUUCAAACUCAGCAGCAACUGCUCAGUCGCCAGGCUUUUGAACAGCGGCAGUCUUUUCAAGGAACAUCACUUUGACCGAAUUUGCCCGUAGGAUGAACUAGUUAUAAACUUAAUCUGCUGACAUCCGUUUUUUAUAUAUUUAUUAUGUGACAAGACUAACGGAGCAGCCUGAAGAGAUGGGAGGUGAAGCAAGCUAUGUGUCAUGUAUGAGGAGGCUGUUCAUAUAGACCUCUUUUAUGGUGUCCCAUCUCUGGCAUCCUUUGUGAUAGUUUUACCACGUACCUAGCAGAUGGUUUACAAAAGAGCUAUGUAUACUGGCCUGUACAUACAGUCUUAUACAUCAUGUUCUGUUACUCACUCUUCCGGCCCAUGCACGCGGCCGUUGCCAUUUUUGCGGUCCUGCCCUCCAUUGAACUGUCCUAUCCUUGUCUGUAAAACGGAGAAUAAUAGGACAUGUUCUAUUUAUUUUUUUUGCAGGUGCUGCGGAACAGACAGCACCUGCAAAAAAAGCAUUUUUGAAAUCCUGGAACCCUCUUUAAGGCCCCAUUCACAUGACCGUUUUUGUCUGCAUCUGUUCUGCAUGCGCAGUCCGUUCUGAGGCUGAUGCCAGUACAGGGAUGAAAGACCGGGCGAGCGCUUACGCCAGGAGUACAGGCGCUCGCACCGAGUCCUCUGACUGACGUUGGGGGAGCUAGGAGGGGACUUUGGGAUGCGGGGCAUAUUAUAACUAGACCUAGUGGCCAGAGUGAACAUUGCAGGAUUAUAUACAUUUUUUAAGUAUAUGAGAAAUAAAAAAAAAUAAAACUCACCAAAAUUCUAGAGAAAUAUGGUUAACAUAAAUUAAACAUUAUUUAAACCAAAGCUCAUUUUCUGAUGACACAUUCCCUUCAAUUACUAGACCUAGAUAACCUCCUUUCUCACUGGCCACUAGGCCUAAUAAUAUGAUGACAAGACCUCUAUAGAGAUAACAGAGGAUCCACCAGUCACAAGCAAAUGGCACAGGAGGCUAAAAUAUCUUCAAGUGGGCCUAUCACUUCAUAAAUCUUUUGACAUUGCAUGGUGAUAUGUCAUAAGUCUUAAAGGGGUUCUGCACUUUGUUUAAACUGAUCUAUCCUCUGGAUAGAACAUCAGCUUCUGAUUGGUGGGGUCAGACACUCGG